GCCACAACAUACCUUCAACCCACUGCUACUGUACCUGGGACAAUCACCCUCUCCCGUAUGAACACGGUAAGAUACUUCAUAUGUUCCUGCAGGGAUCCCACUAGCAAGGCAGCACCCCAUAAAACUUCCCCCGCCCUCACACCGAGGCAAGAGGGAAAACAAAGAAAAGAAACCCUUAAACACCAUCACUGCUACUCGAGUACACACAAUGGCUACCAAACCCAUCCCCACCCCUCAACCAAACACAACCACAAACAAAAAACCAAAACUCCUCUUCACCCUAAACACUCCCUACCCAACAAUACAAUGGCCAGCAAUCGCCCUCACCGCCCAAACCACAAUCCUAGAACACCUCACUAAUAUCCUCUCCCCAAUCGGGGCGCGCAAGCGCCUCCUGCUACCCCCGCCGUCUACAUCAAAACGAAACAGGAGGAGCAAACGCACCUCACCCUCCUCCUCAACUACAACUACAACAACAACCCUACCACCUCCGCCAGUGCCGGAAAUUAGCAGGUACCUAACCAUAGGCUUAAACUCCACUACCGCGUGCUUGGAAGAGCUAGCGGGGGAACGGAGGCCGGUGGCCUUCGCGCCACCUGCAACACAAGUGGGGAAGGAGAAUAGAAAACCAGCGAUGAGGGUAGUAUUCGUCACGCGGGUGGACCCGCAGGCUUCCUUGCUGCACUCGCAUAUUCCCCUCCUUUGCGCGCUGGCUUCCGGGGAGGGGGAGGGUGGAGAGAUUGUGAGGUUGGUGCAGUUGCCAAGGGGGUCGGAGGCUAGGUUGGCGGAUGCUCUGGGUGUUGCGCGCGCGGGGUUUGUUGGACUACUGGGGGGCGCACCAGAGGAGGUUGUUGCGGGGCUGAUGGAGGUGGUUGAGAGGUAUGUGCCGCCUGUUCGGGUGCCGUGGUUGCAGGAGCAGGGGAUGGCGGGAGGGUACAGAGCGGUUAAUGUCAAUGUCGCAAAGACUUAUGCCACAAUGCAUGGAAAGAGGAAGAGGAAGGUGAAAAGUGCUUGAGCUGGUAUGGAUGGAUAGUUGGGUUAACUACAUUUGAGACAUGAACUUGUA